ACAGCUUUCAUACAUGCAAAAGUCUCAAAUGCAGAAGCAGGUUUAAGUAAGCAAGACCCAAGUAUAGAAGAUCCAAACUGGGACGAAGUUGAAAAUGAGAACAUCGAAUCAGAAUCCAAGAGAAAAAAACUAAAAAAAAGCCAAGAGUCCUCCGACGAAGAAAUAUGCACAACCCCUAGCAACAUACAGAAGGAAAUCCCAAACAUU